AUGACGACUGUGGUUAAGAUUUGUGCGCAGCCUAUGGAGGAGGUUCAACAAGUCGACACAUUCCAGAUCACCAUGGCAACUGAUGGCACGGCGUCAGUCGUGAUACUGUUCUAUGAAAGGAUAGAAUGGGUGUAUGAUAAUUCUGACUUUAUGGCUCUAUAUGAAGGCACAGAACCCUCCGUUCGUACACAGAGCGGCUUCUUAGCUGGUGAUGGGAUGAAGUCGUACCUGCUGCCGGGAUCCAAGUCUGAGGAACUCAUCAACAUUACUAAACUGUCUAACGUUGGCGUUGCUGGCAAAUUCAUCUUCCGAGUUGACUCCGAAAUCCUUCCCGUGCACCUCCCUGACACCACAAGUUCUGCACAGAGAACUACUGACACAACAACCCCAACAACAAUCGCUGACAACAUUACUCCAAGGCAGUCAACUUCAUCAACAUCACUGACGUCUACAUCAACGUCCCCGAUCUCCGAUACAACGCCUCAUUCAGACACAUCUACGACGAUACGCGCGUCAGAAGUAGCUGAAACGACGACCAUAACUGCUUCACCGUCUGAUUCAUCGGCUACGACAGUGGCCUCUCCGUCAGAUGCAACGUCAUCGUUAACAGUGACCUCUCCCGCAGAUACAAAAUCGUCUGCAUCUUCUUCACUGCAAGAUCAAACAUCUGUAACAGAGACCUCUCCAUCAAAUACUAUAACAUCCCUAACAGAGACUUCCCCGUCAAAUACAAUAAUAUCUCUAACAGAGACCUCCCCGUCAAAUACAAUAACAUCUGUAACAGAGACUUCCCCGUCAAAUACAAUAACAUCCGUAAAAGAGACCUCCCCGUCAAAUACAAUAACAUCUGUAACAGAGACUUCCCCGUCAAAUAAAAUAACAUCCGUAACAGAGACCUCCCCGUCAAAUACAUUAACAUCUGUAACAGAUACUUCCCCGUCAAAUACAAUAACAUCUGUAACAGAGACUUCUCCGUCAAAUAAAAUAACAUCCGUAACAGAGACCUCCCCGUCAAAUACAAUAACAUCCGUAAAAGAGACAUCCCCGUCAAAUACAAUAACAUCUGUAACAGAGACUUCCCUGUCAAAUACAAUAACAUCCGUAAUAGAGACCUCCCCGUCAAAUACAAUAACAUCUGUAACAGAGACCUCCCCGUCAAAUACAUUAACAUCUGUAACAGAGACAUCACCGUCAAAUACAAUAACAUCCGUAAUAGAGACCUCCCCGUCAAAUACAAUAACAUCUGUAACAGAGACCUCCCCGUCAAAUACAAUAACAUCUGUAACAGAGACCUCCCCGUCAAAUACAAUAACAUCUGUAACAGAGACUUCUCCGUCAAAUACAAUAACAUCCGUAAAAGAGACCUCCCCGUCAAAUACAAUAACAUCCGUAACAGAGACCUCCCCGUCAAAUACAAUAACAUCUGUAACAGAGACUUCCCCGUCAAAUACAAUAACAUAUGUAACAGAGACCUCCCCGUUAGAUAUGAUAUCAUCUACACCUGCUUCGCUGUCAGAUCUACUAACUGUAACCUACACGUCAAAUACCGCCACUGCUUCAUCAUCGGAAAUAACACCAACUACACCUGCUUUACGAUCGGAUCCAACAUCUAUUCUACCUGCUUCUUUAUCGAAUCCAACAUCUACUUCACCUGGUUCAUCAUCGGAUCCAACAUCUGCAACACCUGGUUCAUCAUCGGAUCCAACAUCUACUACACCUGGUUCAUCAUCGGAUCCAACACCAACAACACCUGGUUCAUCAUCGGUUUCAACAAUAAAUACCCUUAUUUCAUCACCGGAUCUUACAUCUACUACAUCUGCUUCGUCAUCAGAUCCACCAUCAACCACAUCUGCUUUAUUAUCGGAUCCAACAUCAACCACACCUGAUUUAUCAUCGGAUACAACAUCUACUACACCUGCGUCAUCAUCAGAUCCAACAUCCACCACAUCUGCUUUAUUAUCGGAUGAAACAUCAACUACACCUGAUUCAUCCUCGGAUCCAACAUGUACUGAACCUGCUUCGUCAUCAGAUCCAACAUCAACCACACCUGCUUUAUUAUCGGAUCCAACUUCAACUACAACUGCUUCAGCGGAGCCAACAUCUACAACAACUGCUUCAUCGGACCUAACAUCAGCUCCAUAUGGUUCAUCCUCGGAUUCAACACCAAUGACACCUUUUUCAUCAUCCGAUCUAACAUCAACUGAACCUGCUUCAUCAUCCGAUCUAACAUCAACUGAACCUGCUUCAUCAUCCGAUCUAACAUCAACUACACCUGAUUCACCCUCGGAUCCAACAUCUACUACACCUCCUUCAUCAUCAGAUCCAACAUCAACCACACCUGAUUUGUUAUCGGAGCCAACAACUACAACAACUGCUUCAUCGGACCUAACAUCAGCUCCAUAUGGUUCAUCUUCGGAUUCAACACCAAUGACACCUUUUUCAUCAUCGGAUCUAACAUCAAUUGAACCUGCUUCAUCAUCGGAUCUAACAACAACUACACCUGAUUCACCCUCGGAUCCAACAUCUACUACACCUUCUUCAUCAUCAGAUCCAACAUCAAUUACACCUGAUUUGUUAUCGGAGCCAAAAUCUACAACAACUGCUUCAUCGGACCUAACAUCAGCUGCACAUGCUUCAUCCUCGGAUCCAACACUAAUUACACAUUCUUCAUCAUCGGAUCUAACAUCAACUGAACCUGCUUCGUCAUCGGAUCUAACAUCAGCUACACCUGAUUUGUUAUCGGAGCCAACAUCUACAACAACUGCUUCAUCGGACCUAACACCAGCUACACAUGCUUCAUCCUCGGAUCCAACACUAAUUACACAUUCUUCAUCAUCUGAUCUAACAUCAACUGCACCUGCUUCAUCAUCGGAUCCAACAUCAGCUACACCUGAUUCUUCAUCAAAUCCAUCAUCAACUACAACUGCUUCAUGGGACCCAACAUCAACUAUACCUGCUCUAUCAUCGGAUCCAACACUAUCUACACCUGCUUCAUCAUCGGAUCCAACAUCAACCACACCUGCUACAUCAUCGGAUCCAACCUCUACUACACCUGAUUUGUCAUCAGAUCUAACAUCAUCCACACCUGCUUUAUUAUCGGAUCCAACUUCAACUACAACAGCUUCAUCGGAGCCAACAUCAACAACAACUGCUUCAUCGGACCUAACAUCAGCUGCACAUGCUUCAUCCUCGGAUCCAACACUAAUUACACAUUCUUCAACAUCGGAUCUAACAUCAACUGCACCUGCUUCAUCAUCGGUUUCAACAAUAAAUACCCUUAUUUCAUCACCGGAUCUUACAUCUACUACAUCUGCUUCGUCAUCAGAUCCACCAUCAACCACUUCUGCUUUAUUAUCGGAUCCAACAUCAACCACACCUGAUUCAUCAUCGGAUACAACAACUACUACACCUGCGUCGUCAUCAGAUCCAACAUCCACCACAUCUGCUUCAUCAUCGGAUCUAACAUCAACUACACCUGAUUCACCCUCGGAUCCAACAUCUACUACACCUCCUUCAUCAUCAGAUCCAACAUCAAUUACACCUGAUUUGUUAUCGGAGCCAACAACUACAACAACUGCUUCAUCGGACCUAACAUCAGCUCCAUAUGGUUCAUCUUCGGAUUCAACACCAAUGACACCUUUUUCAUCAUCGGAUCUAACAUCAACUGAACCUGCUUCAUCAUCGGAUCUAACAACAACUACACCUGAUUCACCCUCGUAUCCAACAUCUACUACACCUUCUUCAUCAUCAGAUCUAACAUCAAUUACACCUGAUUUGUUAUCGGAGCCAAAAUCUACAACAACUGCUUCAUCGGACCUAACAUCAGCUGCACAUGCUUCAUCCUCGGAUCCAACACUAAUUACACAUUCUUCAUCAUCGGAUCUAACAUCAACUGAACCUGCUUCAUCAUCGGAUCUAACAUCAGCUACACCUGAUUUGUUAUCGGAGCCAACAUCUACAACAACUGCUUCAUCGGACCUUACACCAGCUACACAUGCUUCAUCCUCGGAUCCAACACUAAUUACACAUUCUUCAUCAUCUGAUCUAACAUCAACUGCACCUGCUUCAUCAUCGGAUCCAACAUCAGCUACACCUGAUUCUUCAUCGAAUCCAUCAUCAACUACAACUGCUUCAUCGGACCCAACAUCAACUAUACCUGCUCUAUCAUCGGAUCCAACACUAUCUACACCUGCUUCAUCAUCGGAUCUAACAUCAACCACACCUGCUACAUCAUCCGAUCCAACCUCUACUACACCUGAUUUGUCAUCAGAUCUAACAUCAUCCACACCUGCUUUAUUAUCGGAUCCAACUUCAACUACAACAGCUUCAUCGGAGCCAACAUCAACAACAACUGCUUCAUCGGACCUAACAUCAGCUGCACAUGCUUCAUCCUCGGAUCCAACACUAAUUACACAUUCUUCAACAUCGGAUCUAACAUCAACUGCACCUGCUUCAUCAUCGGUUUCAACAAUAAAUACCCUUAUUUCAUCACCGGAUCUUACAUCUACUACAUCUGCUUCGUCAUCAGAUCCACCAUCAACCACUUCUGCUUUAUUAUCGGAUCCAACAUCAACCACACCUGAUUCACCCUCGGAUCCAACAUCUACUACACCUCCUUCAUCAUCAGAUCCAACAUCAAUUACACCUGAUUUGUUAUCGGAGCCAACAACUACAACAACUGCUUCAUCGGACCUAACAUCAGCUCCAUAUGGUUCAUCUUCGGAUUCAACACCAAUGACACCUUUUUCAUCAUCGGAUCUAACAUCAACUGAACCUGCUUCAUCAUCGGAUCUAACAACAACUACACCUGAUUCACCCUCGGAUCCAACAUCUACUACACCUUCUUCAUCAUCAGAUCCAACAUCAAUUACACCUGAUUUGUUAUCGGAGCCAAAAUCUACAACAACUGCUUCAUCGGACCUAACAUCAGCUGCACAUGCUUCAUCCUCGGAUCCAACACUAAUUACACAUUCUUCAUCAUCGGAUCUAACAUCAACUGAACCCGCUUCAUCAUCGGAUCUAACAUCAGCUACACCUGAUUUGUUAUCGGAGCCAACAUCUACAACAGCUGCUUCAUCGGACCUAACACCAGCUACACAUGCUUCAUCCUCGGAUCCAACACUAAUUACACAUUCUUCAUCAUCUGAUCUAACAUCAACUGCACCUCCUUCAUCAUCGGAUCCAACAUCAGCUACACCUGAUUCUUCAUCGAAUCCAUCAUCAACUACAACUGCUUCAUGGGACCCAACAUCAACUAUACCUGCUCUAUCAUCGGAUCCAACACUAUCUACACCUGCUUCAUCAUCGGAUCCAACAUCAACCACACCUGCUACAUCAUCCGAUCUAACUUCUACUACACCUGAUUUGUCAUCAGAUCUAACAUCAUCCACACCUGCUUUAUUAUCGGAUCCAACUUCAACUACAACAGCUUCAUCGGAGCCAACAUCAACAACAACUGCUUCAUCGGACCUAACAUCAGCUGCACAUGCUUCAUCCUCGGAUCCAACACUAAUUACACAUUCUUCAACAUCGGAUCUAACAUCAACUGCACCUGCUUCAUCAUCGGAUCUAACAUCAGCUACACCUGAUUCAUCAUCGGAUCCAUCAUCAACUGCACCUGCUUUGUCAUCAGAUCCGACACUAACCUCACCUGCUACAUCAUCGGAUGUAACAUCAACUGCACCUGCAUCAUCAUCGGAUCCAACAUCAGCCACACCUUCUACAUCAUCCGAUCCAACAUCAACUGCAUCUGCUUUAUCAUCAGAACAAACAUCUACUAAACCUGCUACUUCAUCAAAUCCAACAUCAACCACGUCUGCUUUAUUAUCGGAUCCAACAUCAACAACACCUAAUUCAUCAUCGGAUCGAACACUAUCUAUACCUGUUUCGUCAUCAGAUCUAACAUCAACUACAACUACUUCAUCAUCGGAUCAAACACCAUCUACAUCUGCUUCAACAUCAAAUCCAACAUCUACAACAUUAGCUACACAUCCUUUAUCAUCGGAUUCAACACUAACUGAAACUUCUUCAUCAACGGGUCCAAUAUCAACUGCACCUGCUUCGUCAUCAGAUCCAACAUCAACCACGACUGCUUUUUUAUCGGAUCCAACAUCAACUACACCAGAUUCAUCAUCGGAUUCAUCAUCAACUACAACUGCUUCAUCAUCGGACCCAACAUCAACUACACUUGCUUCAUCAUCGGAUGUAACAUCAACCGCACCUGCUUCAUCAUCGGAUCAAACAUCAACUGCACCUGCUGCAUCAUCGGAUUUUACAUCUACUACACCUGCUUCGUCAUCAGAUCAAACAUCAUCCACACCUGCUUCAUCGGAUCAAACAUCAACUGCACCUGCUGCAUCAUCGGAUUUUAGAUCUACUACACCUGCUUCAUCAUCGGAUCCAACAUCAACCACACCUACAUCAUCGGAUCCAACAUCAACUACAUCUGCUUCAUCAUCGGAACAAACAUCUACUACAGUUUCCUCAUCAUCAGAUCCAACAUCUACUGCACAAGUUUCAUCAUCAGAUCCAACAUCAACCACACUUGCUUCAUUAUCGGAUCCAACAUCAAGCACACCUUCUACAUCCUCGGAUCCAACAUCAACCACACCUGCUUUAUUAUCGAAUCCAAGAUCAACUACACCUUCUUCAUCAUCAGAUCCAUCAUCAACUACAACUGCUACAUAUCCGGAUCCAACAUCUACUACACCUGCUUCGUCAUCAGAUCCAACAUCAAGCACACUUGCUUUAUUAUCGGAUCCAACAUCAACUGCACCUGCUUCAUCACCUGAUCCAACAUCAACCACAUCUGCUUCAUCAUCAGAACAAACAUCUACUAAACCUGCUUCGUCAUCAAAUCCAACAUCAACCACGCCUGCUUUAUUAUCGGAUUCAACAUCAACAACACCUUAUUCAUCAUCGGAUCGAACACUAUCUAUAACUGCUUCAUCAUCAGAUCCAACAUCAACUACAACUGCUUUAUCAUCGGAUCUAACAUCAACUGAACCUGAUUUAUCAUCGGAUCAAACAUCAACCACACCUUCUACAUCAUCGGAUCCAACACCAUCUACAUCUGCUUCAACAUCAAAUCCAACAUCUACAACAUUAGCUACACAUCCUUUAUCAUCGGAUUCAACACUAACUGAAACUUCUUCAUCAACGGGUCCAACAUCAACUGCACCUGCUUCGUCAUCAGAUCCAACAUCAACCACGACUCCUUUUUUAUCGGAUCCAACAUCAACUACACCAGAUUCAUCAUCGGAUCCAUCAUCAACUACAACUGCUUCAUCAUCGGAAGUAACAUCAACCGCACCUGCUUCUUCAUCGGAUCAAACAUCAACUGCACCUGCUGCAUCAUCGGAUCUAACAUCUACUACACCUGCUUCGUCAUCAGAUCCAACAUCAUCCACACCUGCGUUAUUAUCGAAUCCAACAUCAACCACACCUGCUUCAUCAUCGGAUCUAACAUCAAUUGCACCUGCUUCAUCCUCGGAUCCAACAUCAACCACACCUACAACAUCGGAUCCAACAUCAACUACAUCUGCUUCAUCAUCGGAACAAACAUCUACUACAGUUUCUUCAUCAUCGGAUCCAACAUCCACUGCACGAGUUUCAUCAUCAGAUCCAACAUCAACCACACUUGCUUCAUUAUCGGAUCCAACAUCAAGCACACCUGCUUCAUCAUCGGAUCCAACAUCAACCACACCUGCUUUAUUAUCGAAUCCAACAUCAACUACACCUUCUUCAUCAUCAGAUCCAUUAUCAACUACAACUGCUACAUAUCCGGAUCCAACAUCUACUACACCUGCUUCGUCAUCAGAUCCAACAUCAAGCACACUUGCUUUAUUAUCGGAUCCAACAUCAACUACAUCUCCUUCAUCAUCGGAACAAACAUCUACUAAACCUGCUACAUCAUCAGAUCCAACAUCAACAUCAUCUGCUUCAUCAUCAAAUCCAAUAUCAACAACACCUGAAUCAUCACCGGGCCCAACAUCAACAGCACCUGCUUCAUCCUCGGAUCAAACAGUUACUACACCUGCUUCAUCAUCGGAUCUAAAAUCAACCGCACCUGCUUCAUCGUCGGAUCGAACAUCUACUACACCUGCUUCAUCAUCGGAUCAAACAUCUACUACACCUGAUUCGUCAUCAGAUCCAACAUCAACUACAACUGCUUCAUCAACUGACCCAACAUUAACUACAACUGCUUCAUCAUCGUAUCUCACAUCAACUACAUCUGCUUCCUCAUCAAAUCCAAUAUCAACUACACCUGUUUCAUCAUCGGAUCCAACGUCAACUACACCUGAUUCACCAUCGGAUCUAACAUCAACUGCACCUGUUUCAUCAUCGUAUCAAACAUUAACCACACCUUCUACAUCAUCAGAUCCAACAUCAACUGCACCUGCUUUAUUAUCCGAUCCAACAUCUAGCAAACCUAUUUCAUCAUCGGAUCCAAUAUCUACUACACCUGCUUCGUCAUCAGAUCCAACAUCAAACACACCUGCUUCAUCAUCGGAUCCAACAUCAACCACACCUGCUUUAUUAUCGAAUCCAACAUCAACUACACCUUCUUCAUCAUCAGAUCCAUUAUCAACUACAACUGCUACAUAUCCGGAUCCAACAUCUACUACACCUGCUUCGUCAUCAGAUCCAACAUCAAGCACACUUGCUUUAUUAUCGGAUCCAACAUCAACUACAUCUGCUUCAUCAUCGGAACAAACAUCUACUAAACCUGCUACAUCAUCAGAUCCAACAUCAACAUCAUCUGCUUCAUCAUCAAAUCCAAUAUCAACAACACCUGAAUCAUCACCGGGCCCAACAUCAACAGCACCUGCUUCAUCCUCGGAUCAAACAGUUACUACACCUGCUUCAUCAUCGGAUCUAAAAUCAACCGCACCUGCUUCAUCGUCGGAUCGAACAUCUACUACACCUGCUUCAUCAUCGGAUCAAACAUCUACUACACCUGAUUCGUCAUCAGAUCCAACAUCAACUACAACUGCUUCAUCAACUGACCCAACAUCAACUACAACUGCUUCAUCAUCGUAUCUCACAUCAACUACAUCUGCUUCCUCAUCAAAUCCAAUAUCAACUACACCUGUUUCAUCAUCGGAUCCAACGUCAACUACACCUGAUUCACCAUCGGAUCUAACAUCAACUGCACCUGUUUCAUCAUCGUAUCAAACAUUAACCACACCUUCUACAUCAUCAGAUCCAACAUCAACUGCACCUGCUUUAUUAUCCGAUCCAACAUCUAGCAAACCUAUUUCAUCAUCGGAUCCAAUAUCUACUACACCUGCUUCGUCAUCAGAUCCAACAUCAAACACACCUGCUUUAUUAUCGGAAAUAAUAUCAACUACACCGGAUUCAUCAUCGGAUCCAACAUCAACUACAACUGCUUCAUCAUCGGAUCCAACACAAACUACACCUGAUUCAUCAACAGACCCAACAUCAACUUCACCUGCUUCAUCUUCGGAUCAAACAUCUACUACACCUGUUUCAUCAUCGGAUCCAACAUCAACUACAACUGCUUCAUUAUCGGAUCCAACACAAACUACACCUGAUUCAUCAUCGAAUCUAACAUCAACAACACCUGCUUCAUCCUCGGAUCCAACAUCUACUACACCUGCUUCAUCAUCGGAUCAAACAUCUACUACAGCUGAUUCGUCAUCAGAUCCAACAUCGACUACAACUGCUUCAUCAACGGACCCAACAUCAACUACAUCUGCUUCAUCAUUAAAUCCAAUAUCAACUACACCUGUUUCAUCAUCGGAUCCAACGUCAACUACACCUGAUUCAUCAACGGACCCAACAUCAACUACAACUGCUUCAUCAUCGGAUCCAACGUCAACUACACCUGAUUCAUCAACGGACCGAACAUCAACUACACCUGAUUCACCAUCGGAUCUAACAUCAACUGCACCUGUUUCAUCAUCGGAUCUCACAUCAACCACACCUUCUACAUCACCAGAUCCAACAUCAACUGCACCUGCCCCGUCAUCAGAACCAACAACAAUCACGCCUGUUUUAUUAUCGGAUCCAACAUCAAUCGCAUCUGCUUUAUUAUCAGAUCCAAUAUCAACUGCACCUGCAUCAUCGGGUCCAACAUCAACUACAACUGCUUUACCAUCGGAUGAAACAUCUACUACACCUGUCUCAAUAUCGUAUUCAUCAUCAACCACACCUGCUCGGGACGAGAGAUCGGAGAGUUCAACAUCCCUUCACACCUCUGCACUGUCAGUUGUUACCCCCCAUCUGGUAGGCGGCGCCUUGGCAGUGGUUAUUCUGAUGGCGGUGGGGGUGCUACAGAUCGCCCUGUCGUUGCAGUUCAUACAAAAGUUCAGGGAAGGGUUUCAACAGAGAGGACAGCGGAGAGACAGGGCUGUCGGUGAGAGACAAAUGAACUUGCCAGUAAAGAUUGUCACAUCAGGUCCUGGGUACUACCAACACUCUCUGUACACAAAUGGCAAACCAAGGUGACAACAUGAAUAGUAGUCCAUUCGCCCAUAUGCAUUCUAUCAGACCAUCGGGCAACAGGAAUAUCAGCCUUUUCCGCGCAUAUGCACAUCCAGCAGGACAACAUGACCAUUAGCCACUACGCACGCGUACGCAUCUAACAUGCCUGGGUGACAAGAUUAACCUCAGCCUCUAUGUCAAUAUACAUGUCCAGCAGGCUAACGUGAUAACAUGAAUAUUAGCAUCUAUGCACGCGUACACAUCUAACAGGCCUGGGUGACAAGAUGAAUUUCAGCCUCUAUAUCAAUAUGCACAUCCAGCAGGCUAACGUGAUAACAUGAAUAUUAGCAUCGACGCACGCGUACACAUCCAACGGGCCUGGGUGACAACGUAGAUCUGAUCCUUUACGUCAAUAUGCAUAUCCAGCAGGCUAACGUGAUAACUUGAAUAUUAGCCUCUACGCCCGCGUACACCUCUAAUAACAGGCAUCGAUGACAACAUGAAUCUCAGCCUCUACGCACAUAUGCACAUCCAGCAGGCUGCGGUGUUAACAUGGCUUUUAGAUGUAAUCUCUACAUGUAUGACAUCAGCUCACAUCUGUCGGGCCGUGGUCAUCAUCGCACGCUGCAUGUCACUCUUGCGUUUUCUUUACACAUCUGGGUGACCAUGGAGACCAAAUGAUAAUCUUGACGCUCUAUGUUCUAUGCAUAAAAUAGCAGAAAGCGGACAUUUACAAUAACAUCCUACUUGGGAGCCCUGGGGAAAACUAGACACUGGACGCUAGCUAUCACUAGCACACCUUCACACCCUCUUUAAAUCCUCUGAGCAGUGGGCAUUUACUUUUCUCUUUGGCAGCAGCACUAACGUUAAGACUAAUCUUUGCAAAAUAACGUUUCUGAGUAUAUUUCUGUCUGACAUGAUCUAACAGCAUGUGGGGGAUAUAAUGAACGCCGGGUAUAGAGGUGUGACCAACACAUAUAUUAUAUGUUUUUAAGUAUUUUACUAUAGACACUUCUACAUUUAUAUUUAUUUUCCUUUUAAGUUCAUCCUUUUUGUUAUAUACAUAUUUAUUGAAACAUGGUGGGUAACAUGAAUGAGAUGAAGCGGUCUGAAAAUCAUCUAGUUAGGGCACGAAUAAAGCAGUAGCCGUUUGGGAGAUAAUGUGA